CCCAAUCCUCAACUCCAACACCAUCCGUGUCUGCAUCAGUCAUUCCGGCUACGCUUGCGACCAUAAUUCUUGGACAUCCCAAGUACCCGUGACAUUACGCAGCCCAAUCCGUGACCCUCCUUCCAGCUCGCGGAGCUCCGUGACCCCACACCACUAUCUGCUCAAUAAUCAACAAUAACAGCCACACCCACCACCCGCGCCCCAGCUGCUUGUCAUCAAUUUACCGUACCUUGACGCUGUGUGCGACGCGACACAUUGCGCAUCAAUCUUAACCCAUAUCUUCCACUUCAACAAGCUGCGCGCCCUAAUCUUUCGAUUCGCUUUUCAUCCGCCAACAUCGAUUUGAUGCCGAACGGGCUACCUACCUUGUACCCGUCCAUUCGCACAUUCGACGUAAACAUGCAGCAACCUGCUCAGGACCACAAGCCAAACAUCGAGAUGAGUCUACGAGAACAUCUCCUCGCUGCAGGCGCCGGACAACCCACUGCGUCCCAGCCAUUACAGCAACAUCCCCAUCCCGGCAGCCCCCAACACGCUAUCGAUCCUGCAAUUGCAGGUUCUGCCUACCAGAUGAGCCAGGGCGAAGCUGGUGAUGGCCACCUGAGCGAAGGCCGGAAGGGACGACGAGAGCUUUCCACAUCGAAGCGCGCCGCUCAGAAUCGGGCAGCCCAACGCGCAUUCCGCCAACGCAAGGAAGAGUACAUCAAGCAGCUCAAGGACCAAGUGAAGGAGUUCGAGCAACUCUGUGAACUUUACAAGGCCCUCCAAAACGAAAACUACCAACUUCGCGACUAUAUAAUCAACCUCCAAUCUCGUCUACUCGAAUCCCAGGGAGAGAUCCCUCCGGCCCCAGCAGGCGUCGACCUUUCCCGCCAACAUCCCGAACCCCCAAGCACAAUAGUCCAAGCACCGCAACCGCCCCAGCAGCCAGAGCAACAGCAAAGUAGCCCAACGAACAAUGGUGGAUUGUCAGAACGUCAGAUUGGAGAGCUACAGAUGGCUGCACAAGCGGCUGCCGCAGCGCAGCAUGGUCCACCUGUCAACAAUGGAAAGCAUCCCAACUCGGAUGGACCUUCUUUUGAUACAGGAGACUAUGCCGACAAGCGCCCCAAGGUCGACGAUUCGACCCAGCAAGAUUCGGGGAAUGAUUUUGCACACCUCGCCAGCCAGCUACAGCAGUCCGCAAAGGAAACUGCUGCUUAAUGUCAUAUUUCGGUCUCAUGGUCGAGUCGGAGGAACUAGUUUUUUCGGAC